GCUUGGGGUCCAACACUAUAUAUAUCAACUCUCAGUCUCAUCACCUUCCUCAAAUACUGUCCAUUCACCUGCCGGGGACUUACACAGGAUAUUCAGUCAUAGUGUUUGCCUCUACAGCAGGAAGAUGCUGUUUUUAUGCUUGUGUUUGCUGGCUGUGGUCCUGCAGUCUGUUCAUUCCUAUAACUGCACCUCAGACAAUAACAGGGUUCCAGAUAACAGUGAUUUGGUGGUUCACUGUGGCACCAAUAUGAUCACUCUAGAGGUGAACCUGUGCACUGCGGAAUGGGCAGGCUUUAAUGCCAGUGGUCUGGCACUGAACGGGCAACGUGAUAACAGCCUGUGCUUGGGUACCCCCGACAACACUGUGAACCCUCCUGUCAUCCGCUACCAGCUGCCCGUCAAUGACAGCCUGCAGAACCCCUGCAGACACUCUCUGCAGAUUGUGGAUGAGGUUCCCAACCAGUCUGGUCCAUUCAGCAUGUUCUCCAGCAUUCAGUCAGUCAUUGUCACAGGAUACAUUGAUACACCCAGCUCCGCAGUAGGAGUUGUCAGCUACGCCACAGACCUAUACUACCACUUUUCCUGCCGUUACCCACUGGAAUACCUCCUCAACAACACUGAGAUCACAGCGUCAUCAGUGUCUGUGGCCACUAGUGACAACAACGGCACAUUCAUUGAUACACUCAGCAUGAGAGUCUUCAAUAGCUCAGAUUAUAAUAGUCCUUUGGUGGUUCCACCGUCUGGAUUACCUCUACGCACUAAAGUGUACGUUGAAGUAAAAGCUGCCAAUCUCACUGGAAAUUUUAAUCUACUGUUGGACUACUGUUUUGCAACCCCGUCACCUUAUAAUACCAGCAACAACGUGCAGUACAACUUUUUUAUUGGAUGCACUAUAGAGAACCGAACAACAGUGAUUAAUAAUGGACUUUCCAAGAGUUCCAGAUUUUCAUUUGAAGCCUUCCGCUUUGUGGAGCAUCGUAAUCAGCAGCAGUCUACCAUUUACCUGCACUGUAUAUUGCGUCUUUGCGAGCCAAAGAAAUGCAAUGAACUGAUUAAUGCUUGCAACUCUACUGGAGCACGAAGAAAAAGGGCUGCAGUGCCUUACGGAGCAAAAGCCACAGAAUCUGCUAUGGUGUCUGUGGGCCCUCUGUACACUGAAGCCCUGGUUAAAGAUCUUCCCACUGCAUCGCCUUAUGGAGGCAAUGAGCCGCAAAACCGGGAAAAUAUGAAUGUGGCUGGAGUAAUGGCAGGGGUCAUUUUCGCCACCGCCGGUACUGUGGGUCUGAUCAUGGCUGGAUGGUUUGUGCUGAAGAAGUUUGUCUGGGCUGGUGGCCUGCCUCGAGCUUUCCACUAAGACUUCCAUCAACUCGCCAUCUGUUUAGCGUCGAACGAAGCUUAAUUUGAUAUCCCCGAUAAGACGUCUGAUCACAUCACGGAGUCUGCACAAACCAUAAAAGAAGCGCUUUGCAUAAUGCUUAAUUAGCAUAUUGUAAUCUACUUAGACAGCAGCCUGUAGUAUGGUCACUUUGAAUCUGUCUUUUUUUCAAGCGACUGCAAAUAUUAAUAUUAAUAGAUUUAAUGAGUUUUAGAUGUGCGCUAAUAUAAGGUGCACUUAGGCUCAGCUGCAUUAUUGAAUGGAGCAAACUGUGGAUGUAAUCUUUUUGUAAUUUUUAUGAUCAUACAUUGUUUCUUAUACACAUUGCUUUUAUAUUAGCCCAGGGGUUUUCAAAUAUUUUGGUUUUUAAAUAUGAUCAAAAGUCAUUCUUCCAGAAAUGAGAAGGCAACUAUAUUUUAUUUAUAAAGACCCUUUUAUAUUGUGUGUGAAAUAAUAUUAUUAAGAUAAUGUUGUGUCCUAAAUCAGUGUUUCUUAAUCACGUUCCUUUUCCAUGUCUCCUUAUAUCACACCUGAUCCAGAACAUCAGCUCAUUAGCACAGACUAAAAGACCUGAAAUAGAGAGACAGUCCUCGCUGCAGCCCUAAGCCUUACCUUAGUGGGUGGUACAAGGACUGAUACAUAGUUGAUGAUCGCCUACACCUCGCCGUAACCUAAACCCAACUUUCACAGUAGCAUGAGUAUAACCUUAGUGGGCGGUACAAGGUCCGCUAUAGUUGGCCAUAGUUGGCCAUCGCAUACACUGUCCCUACCUUAAACCCAACCGUCACAGUAGCAAGGUCCGCUACGUAGUUGACGAUCGCCUACGUCAUCAUGCUGCGGGCUGCAGCGAGGACAUCUUGGAAAUAGAUGUGACAGACGAAGGAGACAUCCAAAACAUGCCGUGUUAAUGGUUCUGCAGGAACGUGGUUGAGAAACACUGUUCUAAAUUAAACUAAAUAAUUGGCUUUUAUUUUGGAGGCAGUAUAACCAAAGUCAGUCAAUCUACUGGCUGUAAAAAUUUAGUUUUUCUUUUGAACACAAAACAAGAUAUCACAACAUCUUGGUGACAACUGCCAUUCAUCACUCACUUAAGGCCCCGUUUACACUGUCAGGUCUUGAUGCCCAAUUCCGAUUUGUUGCCUAUGUCUGAUUUGUUUGCCUGUCUGUUUACAUGUU